UGCCUCAUCAUAACUGAAACUGUCCUCAACGAACCAGGAACCGUCUCAUCAUCUAAUAACACCGAGCUGGUGGAGAGAAAGCACCGGACUGACUACCUGAUGCAGAGGCUGGUGGAGGAGGAAGAAGAAGAAGUGUUGAGCGUCGUGGGAGGGCGGGCCACCUGUGACGGCUCGUGAGUGGAGGAGAGCCUCUCCAGUGUGUGUCGUUCAGUGGGUGUUUGUGUGCUUCAGAGGGUGUUUCGGCGUUUAAAGUCCACUUGGAUUAUCUGGAGCUCAAGGAAACAUAUCUCUCUCUUCGAGGAAUCUGUCCAUGAUUCAGGUUCCUUCAGUACAGCACGGUGAAAGAGGCCGCCUGCCAGUGCCAGCGAGUGGGUGUGUGUGAGUCGUAGGGUGAAUAUGUUUGUGUGAGUGCCUUUUGCAUGUGCAUACACCCUGGUCGGAGAGCGUGUGUGUCCCACGAGACGCUCGGCGGAGAUGCUGGCAACUCGAUCCUCUGCGGUGCGGCUCCUGCUGCUGAGCUGCUGUGUGUGCGUGGCAGCCGGCUACCCGUUCAGAACGCCCCUGGACCUGGAUGUGACUCCACGCGUCACCGUGUUGAGCAGCGGUCUCCAAGGCUGCAGACGUUUCCAGUCCUCUGCAGUCAACUACAGCACCAUGUUGCUGGAGGCUGACAGUGAACGUCUCUACGUCGGCGCCCGGGGGGCUGUAUUCGCUCUCAAUGCCUCUGACAUUUCAGCCAGCUCCGCUCUCACUAUUGAGUGGGAAGCCUCCCCCGAGCAAAAACGUCAGUGUCUGCUCAAGGGAAAAGACAAUAAGACGGAGUGUUUUAAUCACAUCCGCUUCCUCCAGAGGUUCAACGCGACUCAUCUCUACAUGUGUGGGACUCAUGCCUUCAGACCCCUCUGUGUAUACAUAGACGAGGAGCGGUUUGUGAUGUCAUCUCAGCCUGAGGAAGGCAAAGACAAAUGUCCCUACGACCCGACGACAGGCUACACUGCCCUCUUCAUCGACCAGCAGAUGUAUACAGCUUCCCAGUACGAGUUCAGGAGCUUUCCAGAUAUCCGACGCAACUCUCCGCCCCCCACACUGAAGACAGAAGACGCCCCCACACGCUGGCUGAACGAGGCCGACUUCGUGGGCUCAACUCUGGUGAGGGAGAGUUUGGGUAGCAGCACCGGCGAUGAUGAUAAGAUCUACUACUUCUUCACAGAGAGGAGCCAGGAGCAGACGACGACCUACAGCCACAGCAGGGUGGCACGAGUGGCUCGCGUUUGUAAGGGGGACCGGGGAGGCCGUUUAACUCUCCAGAAACGCUGGACGUCCUUCCUCAAGGCCAGGCUGACAUGUUCUCUGCCAGAGUACGACUUCCACUUCAACAUGCUGCGCAGCGUGUUCGUCAUGCCCGGCCUCACGCCACAGGACACGCUCUUCUACGGCAUCUUCGGCCUGGAGUGGAAAAACGUGAAGGCGUCUGCGGUGUGUCGGUUCUCUCUGUCUGAAGUCCAAGAGGCCUUUCAAGGACCAUACAUGGAGAACCAGGACUCCGGCUCUAAGUGGAAAGAAUACACUGGAAAGAUCCCUGACCCACGACCUGGAACGUGUAUAACUGACGCUCUGAGGGCCAGGGGCAUAAACGUGUCCACCUCCCUGCCUGAUGACGUGCUGAACUUCGUCCGGAGGCAUCCUCUGAUGUCCCAGCAGGUCCAACCUUCAGACAGACGCCCCCUUUUGUUUAGGCGGACCACAGACUACACACACAUGGCCGUACACACGAUCCAAGGCUUAGAUGGACGAACAUACCAUGUACUGUACAUGGGCACAGAUGAAGGCUGGUUACAUAAAGCUGUAGAAAUCGAGGGUCAGCUUCACAUUAUCGAGGAGCUUCAACUGUUUGAGGAACCACAACCUGUUAACAACCUGCUGCUAUCUGCAAAACAGAUGAGUGUGUACGUGGGCUCUCCAUCAGGCGUGGUGCAGCUUCCCCUCUCUAACUGUCGCAGAUACAACUCCUGCUACGACUGCAUCUUUGCCAGGGACCCUCACUGUGCCUGGAACGGAGCCCAGUGUGUGGACAUAAUGGCACAAGCAGACAGAUCCACUUUAAUCCAGGACAUCCAGCAGGGCAGCAGAGGAUGUGAAAGCACGCACGAUGACGUUGUCGUGCGGAGCCGCUCUGUGCGGGUGGGCGACGACGUGCUGCUGCAGUGUGAGCUCAGCUCCAACCUGGCGACGCCCCUCUGGACCCUGGAUGGCGGCGAGCUGCAGGGCUACGGCCUCAACUCCGGCUUCAGAACCGGCACAGAUGGACUGCUGGUCAUCGAGGCCCGGCAGGACCAGAGCGGGCUGUACACCUGCUACGCUGUCGAGAACCAUAUCAAUGUCGCCAUAGUUACCUACAACGUCACCAUCCGCCUGGACCUGCCCCUUCCCCCACAUGUUGAGCCAACUGAAGACCAUUACAGUUUCUUCGCCACCCCGCCAGCACCCACUGAGCGUCCCUCCUCCGAGAGGCCCAAGCCCCUGCCCCCGGCCGCUCUCCUACCCCGCUCAGAGCUGCUCUCCCCCAGGAGCAUGGAGGCCAUGUAUCUGUCCCUCAUCACCAUCCUCGGAGGCCUGUGUGUGGUCCUCACCGUGGUCCUCGUCUACGUGGGCUUCUGCCUGCGAGUGGGCAACAGAGGGAAGUACUCAUUACGCGCCGCAGCUUCUGCCUACCCAAACAAUAAGAAGCACAACAGGAAUAGGAAACAGCACAGAAACUCCUCCCACAUGGAGCUGAAGACCAUCUCAAGCCACUGCAACGGCAACGGCAUUUGUAAUGGAGUUUCAAAGCAGCGGAACGGCGACAUCCAGGAGGGAGGCUUCCUCCAGAUCGUCCCCGGCGAGGGUCAUCCAUCACCCAAUAAGGAGCCUCCUCCCCCGGCCCCUCCUCUCCCACCAACCCCACAGCACCCCUCUCCAGAGUGCGACUUCCCCAGCGGGCUGUCGGCCACGCUGCCCAGCGUCCUGAGGAGGAUGAAUGGCAACAGCUAUGUGCUGCUGAGGCAGAGCGAGUCUGAAAGCCCGUCAGCGCUCUGCUACUCCUUCUCGGAGGAGCUCAACAGGAUCUUAGAGAAGAGGAAACACACUCAGCUGCUGCCCAGGCCGGACGAGAGCUCCGUGUAGAGAGAUGUAGCUCCCCCUGUGGCGGGAGGACUGGUGUGUUCUUACCUGGUGCUGAAGUGCCUGUCAUAUGACGACUCAUUAUUGCUGAGGACUAAAGCAAUGAGGGAGUCUUAACUACAUUAUUUACUCGUUUUUUUUUUUACAAGUCCACAUUGAGACAUUACUUCUUUUUGAACCCUACGAGCUGCUCGACAAACUUAAUUACCAAAUUCCCCAAAACAUAACAAGUGAGAAUGAGAAAUGCCAGUGAAGGACUGAGCAUGAAAUGGAAAGAAAGUGCAACCUACCUCACCUCACUACUGCCCAGGAGGACUUCUGCAGUCAGUCUGUAGUCUGAUCUGAGUAUCAGGGCUGAGAUCUCAGCAGCAGAAAGCUCUCUGACCCACAAAGCACAAAACGGGGCCCACAGACUCCAGCGAGGAGCGGAGCCCCAUGGGAAUGUAAAUACAUGCGAAGACUUCUGCUGUGUGGCGGCCAUAUUUGGCUCGAUUCAGACUGGAGGGCAGCUAGCCAAAGUUUGUUUGCACUGACAAGUGCACAGAUGGCCUAUAUGCAUUUUUAAAACAUGACAUUCACACAUUAUAACUAUUGAGGGAGGUGGACAUGGUGAGCAAGGAAAUUUGGUUUCACCUUUAAUACUUACUAUUGCAAUAACCAACACAAAAUAAUAUACAGUAACUCAUGACAGCACAUAACACUCUACACCAGCCAUCAUUAAGAAAUGGUGAACUAAUCAUUAUUUAAUAUUGCUGUUACC